CCCGAGCUUAAAUUUCUCAGAUUGCAUUAUUACAAUUAUAAAUAUUAGCCACCAAGUCCACUGCUGUCACACACAUUCCCUGAACAUGGCUUCCAACACGACGAAGAAAAGCAAAUCCUCUGGAAUGCGCAUAUUGUGGCUACCGGGCCGAAAGUCUCAUUCCAAGGAUCAGAUUAGUUCUACGAAGACCCAAAGGAAAGCUGAGGUGUCCGAGCUUAAUGACUUACCCUCAUCCCUGAGCCUGACCACUUGCUCACUGACCGAACGUGAUUCGUCCAUUGAUGGUUCAUUGACCAAACUUUCGGAGACCGCCACUCUGCAGGUCACCUCCGUCACCACAUACUCUCCAAACCUGAGACCGACGGCCUCUCUACCGGAGAUUGCACCCACUAGAGCCAUGACUUUGCCUACUGUCAUCACCACCGCCGAGAUACAGGACAUUCCCAACUUUAUAAGUCCCGAUGAUUUGCCCAAAGUUCCAGCAGCUGCUAUAGAAACGGAUGUGGUGCUAAAUAGCUCGGCGGAAACUUCGAUGGCACAAGAAGCGCAGGACUCGGCUCAUUCUCAGGAAUCGGCGCCACAGAAGAAUAAAAAUAGGAACCAUAAUAACAAUCAGGAUAUCAACUCCAUAGAAAGCAUUUCCACCGAUUUUGAUUGGAUCGACGAGAUGGUGCAUCAGCGAAACUGCAACGAGAUGAUGCACAAGAACAAGCGAAAUAAGGCGUCGACAAAGGGCCUUGAGAGCAGUCUCCAGCCUGAGGCCGAUGAAAUAAUUGAUCAACAGAUGUACAGCUACAAUAACAAUGACUUGGCCAAACACAAUUCGUCGAAGGGCAGUGACGGCGAUGACGAUUUGGUUGUCAAAUGUCUGUAUUACACGCUCAUGUGCUGUGAUUGUAGGAUUUCGUAGAGGAUACGAGUACUGCAAGAUCCAUGUAACUGGCUAUUUAUAAGGAAAUUAGAACUUAUGAUACUUGGGCAUAUAAAAAUAAACUCUGCAACACAA